UAUCUUAAUUCAGGGACAAAAUGGUGCGGAACUGGAAAUUCAGCAGCUAAUUUUGAUGAUUUGGGAGAACAAGUUGAAACUGAUAAAUGUUGUCGGUCACAUGAUACUUGUGCAGGUCCAACUAUUGCUCCUUUUGCCACUGCGUAUGGUUUAACCAAUUAUGCAAUUUGGUAUAAAAAAAUUUGCACAUGCGACGACAGUUUCCAUGCCUGUUUGAAAAACGUACAGAAUGAAACUGCUGAUAGCGUUGGAUCAAUGUUUUUUAAUCUUCUGGGCAUAGAAUGCAUUCACCAAACUUCUAAGAAAAUAUGUGUUGAUAGAAGGUAA